UAGAUUUCUGCCUGUGUUUGCUGUUACAAGCUUUCGGAAUCUAUAAUGUUUAUUUCCACUAGAUGGCGCUUGUGUACUUCAACACUCAUUUAUUUCAGUAACUUUUUGAUCAGUCUAAUCUGUAUAUUUUUAUAUUUUGACUCUUUUAUAAUGCUUAUUGUGAUUUAUAUACUCAACUGUUGUAUAUUUGAGGAAUAUUUAUUCUUUCUAAGAGUUUUCUUUGGUUAUAUUUUAUUUUGCUCCCAUCGUGCCUUUGAAUGUCACUUCCUGUUUUGUCACGGAGAACGAGUCAGAACUGCGAUCCGAGUUUCACAGAGCAAUUCUGCUGAUCAUAUGGAAUGAUGUAAUCAUUGCAAAGUUUAAAGUAUUUCUAUUUAGAAGUCAUCCGAUAAAGAAGCUUCAAGAUAACCCCCUCUCUUAGCUCAUAAGCAGGCAAAAGUGUUCUACGGUGUUGGUGUUGGAGUCUAAGUCCAGAACACAUUAAACAUCAGUUAAAGAACCUCAGCCUUCGCGUCAUGACUAAGGGCGGGCAUAGUAGAACACUUACUGCGUCGGUGAAGGCCAACUGCAUCAGAUCGUAAAGCUGCACGAGGAAAUCGGCCAUCAAGAGGCGCCACAUGUUGAAUGAGGGAAGUACAACAUGAAAAGAUUGCAAUUGACUUGACUGAAGCAAGCAAAGGCUGAACAAGCAAGCACUUUUGAAGUUAGUGACUUGGAAGCAGCGCAAGGUCUUGUGAACUGUCACUGAAGUUUCAAUUGCUCUGGUAUUUCCAUCAUUCCCAUUCUAAGAUAAAGUUGGACAUUUUUCUAUUAUCGUUUGACUUAUUAAGAAACUAAAAGGGACUAAACAGAUAAACAAUUUUGCUACUAUUAAAUAAGACUAAAGUUUGAAUUUUCUGUUGUAUUCAAGUAUUUGUGUAUACUUCAUCAUUUAAGCGUGUUGAUAUUCACAUUUUAUUUUUUUAUUUUUUUACAAGUUGAAUUCAUAGACUACUUCUUGACAGUUCUGUAGCUUGUUAUCAUUUACAUGAUUGGAUCACAUAAGUGUAGCUGAGAUAACCGCUUUACACUAAACUUUAGAUUGCUCUUUGAAUAUUCACAUUAUAGUGCAACACAGGCUUAGCAUGUCAAAUACAAGUGAAAAUACAUUGCUGGCUACUAAAGAAGUUAGCUAUACAACCCCUACUGCACAAGACGUAGACAAUGCAGAGCAGGUCAUUCCAUCAGAGCAGGCUGAUAUAACUGAACAAGUUGAAGUGGCUGCACAAGUACAACAACCUCAGGUGGACAUAGAUAAUACACAGCUCUCAGAUAUUAGAAGAAGCCAGCGAGCACGCACGCUUACCGAGAAGGGUAAAACGCUGCAAGACGGUAGACUAAAUGAUCUGAAAAGAAGCUUUGAGCAGAAGUAUAGAAGGUGGAAGUAUCACAUCAAUGGUUUGAAAAGAGCCAUUAAGAACAAUGAUGAUGCAGAAUUGAUUUGUGAAGUUGUGAGCACCAUUAAUGCCACUCAGUCUGAGGUCGACCAUAUUUAUGAUGAUAUAAGAAGCAUCACAAGCCCUGAACCUGAAAUUCGGAGGAAAAAUGACACUUGCCUUGCCAUUACUAGCACUGCAAAUGAGAAGUCUCAAAGAUUCCUCAACGGUGAUCCUAAGGACAUUCCCUGGCCUGAUUCAGAUUCAGUGUUUGAAGCCACUGUGUCCAGCAUCAUCUCAGCAACCUCCAGUAAGUCAAAGUCUGUUUCCAAGAUGUUCAGUCAAUCUUACAGUGAUUCUCUGCAGAAAAGACAAGAAGCAGCGGCUGAAGUAGCGGCUACACAAGAAGUGAUUAAAAUAAUGAAGACACAACAUCAGCAUGAAGAGGAAAUUAGGAAACUGGAGGCAGAGGAUGAAAGGUUAGCAGCAGAAAGAGAAGCUCAAGAAAGGGAAACCGAAGCGGAGAAUGCAAGGAAAAGGGCUCAAUUUAUUUCAGAAAGCACUGUUAGAAAAAUAAAGCUGGAAGAAAAGAAAAAAGAAGUGGAACGGUUGGAGGAACUAAAAAGACAUAACGCAGCACAAGCAAGGCUGCAAGUUUAUGCUGAAAGCAUCAAAGGUGAUGAGGGAGAACAGCGUUCUGCUCCUCUUCUUCAACAAAGGCAAGAACAUCAUGUUUUUCAACCAAGCGUUCCUUUUUCUCUCUCUCAGCCAUUUACGCUCGCUCAAGACACUGCUCCUUUCAACCAACCCUCUUGUUCUUCUCAAAGGUUACCCCAAGCUCAUAUCUCUCAGUCACCUACAUGGCCUGCUCCCAACGAAGCUUCUAAUGAUCUUGUGAAGGCACUGGCUGAAGCGAUUACAGCCAAUAGGAUUCCAAUUACAGAACCUGUUGUUUUUUCUGGAGAUCCCCUGAAGUAUAAUGACUGGAAGCUGUCAUUCCAGACGUUAAUUGAUCGCAAGAACUUGCCAUCACAAGAAAAGCUAUUCUUUCUACGCAAGUAUGUAGGUGGUCCUGCCAAGAGAGCGAUUGAAGGACAUUUUGUGGCUGGAACAGAAAUGGCUUACACGGCAGCCUGGAACAUCCUUGAUGACCGGUUCGGCAAUCCGUUCGUAGUUGGCAAAUCUUACCGUGACAAAAUACAGUCUUGGCACAAGAUUGCUGCCAAAGACAGCAAAGACCUCCAGGAAUUUGUAGAUUUCCUAAGCAGUGUUGAAUCAGCAAUGCCUUAUGUACAAGGUUUACAAGCUCUGAAUGACUGUGUUGAAAAUCAAAGAAUAUUAGCCAAAUUGCCAGACUGGUUGAGUUCACGUUGGAAUAGAGCAGUCACCAAGUUUCAAGACGAAUACAAAGGAUUCCCAGAUUUCAAAUACUUUGUUGAAUUUCUUAACAAGGAAGCUAGAAUCGCAUGCAAUCCUAUCACCUCACUGCAAGCGAUAAAGCCAGCAGAGCAAGAAAGGUUCAAGCAAUCAGAUCAAGAUCAUUAUAAGUUUCAGAGGAAUCGCAACUCAAGUGCAAAGACAUUCACCACUAGUUCCAGUGAAAGGACUAGCCUUAUGUGUGUCUUUUGUAAGAGAUUAGGCCACACUCUCCAUAAGUGUCGCAAAUUUAUGGAAAGACCAAUUGAGGAAAGAUUGAAGUUUGUACAGUCUGAGAAGUUGUGCUUUGGCUGUCUUAAGACUGGUCAUAACUCCAGAAGCUGCACCUCUAGGAGUGUGUGUGAAAAAUGUGAGAAGUGUCACCCAACAAGCCUACACCAGGACCGUGUAAAUAAAUACCCAGGACAAAGCUCUAGAACCAGUCAAGAUCAGUUCAAGGUCAAUCACGGAUCUGCAGAUAGAACAGCCGAAUCACAGAAGGUACAAGAGUCUAAGCCUGUGACUUCAAACAGAGUAGUUCAAGAAAGGAACGGCACUCAUACGUCAUCAAUCAUUCCAGUAUAUGUCUCAACAACAGAUGAACCAAGGAAGGAGAUUUUAGUGUAUGCCUUGCUUGAUACUCAGAGCGACACUACUUUCAUUUUAAAGGACACAGCUGAGACACUUGAUAUCAAGAAAGAGCCUGUCAAACUCAAGAUUUCCACCAUAACAUCCAAAACGAAGGUUGUGUCCAGUCACAAAUUGAAUGGUCUACAAGUAAGAGGCAUUCAGUCUGAAGUUAAAAUCAAACUUCCAACAACUUAUACUAGAGACUACAUACCUGCAAAUAGAUCUCAUAUACCCACAUGUGAAACCGCAAAGAAUUGGCCUCAUCUAGAACAUCUGGCAGAUGAAAUGGCUCCUGCACUUGACUGUGAAGUAGGUUUGUUAAUAGGCUACAACUGCCCUCAAGCCUUACUUCCCAGGGAUGUUCUCAGUGGCAAUGAAGAUCAGCCAUUUGCACAAAGAUCCGUGUUGGGUUGGAGUAUCGUUGGAUACAACCAUGACGACAGUUAUUAUGAAGAUGAAAUCGGUGUGAGUCACAGGAUUAUCAUGAAGCAAGUUCUACCAGCUCGUGAUCCAUCUCACAAACUCAAGUCUGAAGUCUGCUUUGUACAGAGGAACAAGGUUAAAGAGAUGAUCACUCCGGCAGAGAUAUUGAAGGUUUUUGAGUCAGACUUUGUAGAACGGGAUAAUGAGGAAGUCUCAACGUCGCAAGAAGACUUAAGGUUUUUGGCAAAAUUGAAUGAAGGCAUUAAGCAAGUGCAAGAUGGACACUAUGAGAUGCCAUUGCCUUUUAAGGGUGAGAGGCCAGAUUUGCCAAACAACAAAGCGUGUGCAGAGCAUCGACUUAAAUCCCUAGAGAAGCGUUUAAAGAGAGAUGAACAGUACCAAAAGGACUACAUGGCUUUCAUGAAGGACAUAAUAUCAAGAGGCGAUGCUGAAAGGGUCCCAGAGAUGGAGUUAAGUAGUCAACCAGCAUGGUAUAUACCUCACCAUGGAGUAUAUAACCCACAGAAGCCAGGCAAGAUUCGUAUCGUCUUUGAUUGCUCUGCAAGAUUUCAGAAUACUUCUCUGAAUGAGCAUCUACUGACUGGGCCUGACCUCACAAAUACCCUUGUUGGAGUCUUGUGUCGUUUCCGGAAAGGGCAAGUAGCCAUCAUGUGUGAUGUGGAGCGCAUGUUCCACCAGUUCCACGUUGCUCCAAAGGAUCGGGACUACCUCAGGUUCCUAUGGUGGGAAGAUGGAAACAUGGAAGCCUCACCUUCAGUUUUUCGAAUGAAGGUCCAUUUGUUCGGAGCGGCCUCCUCGCCUGGAUGUGCAAACUUCGGCCUCAAAUACCUUGCCGUACAAGGUCAAGGCAAGUUUAAUCAAGCCACAGUGAAGUUCAUACAACGUAAUUUUUAUGUUGACGAUGGCUUAGCGAGUGUGGACACUGAAGCAGAGGCAAUCCAGCUUGUAAAGGAAGCCAGGGGUCUCUGCAAUACCGGAAAGCUUCGCUUGCAUAAAUUCAUCACCAACAGCAAGACGGUGAUUGCCACAAUUCCAAAGGAGGAAUGUACUGAAGGGGCAACUGACUUUGACUUGACACUAGGAGAACCUAAAGUAGAGAGGGCACUCGGCAUCCAAUGGUGCGUGGCUUCAGACGAGUUCCAUUUCAGAGUGUUAGUAAAGGAAAAUCCUUUUACUAGAAGAGGUGUGCUGUCUACAGUUGCUUCCAUUUUUGAUCCUCUUGGAUUCGUCGCUCCCUUCAUUUUAGUUGGGAAAAGGACUCUACAAAAGAUGUGUCAAGACAAGUUAGGCUGGGACGAACCACUUCCUGAUGACCUCAAGCCGCAUUGGGAAGCUUGGUUGCGAGACCUCCAUAACCUGUCUUUGGUGAAGAUACCACGUUGUUAUGUGCCAUCAACAUUCAAGGAUGUUCAACAAUAUGAGCUACACCAUUUCUCAGACGCCAGUGUGUCAGGCUAUGGAGUAUGUUCAUACCUCAGAGCUGUAACCAAGUCUGGAGAAGUCUACUGCACUCUUGUUAUGAGUAAAGCUAGGGUUGCUCCAACAAAGGUAACAACAAUUUCCAGACUGGAGCUCUCAGCUGCAGUGGUUGCCACAAGAACUGGUGAUCUGCUCAAAAGAGAACUAGAAUUGGAUGGCAUUCGUGAAUACUACUGGACCGACUCCAAAGUUGUCCUUGGCUAUAUUAACAACGAUGCACGACGUUUCCAUGUAUUUGUAGCCAACCGAGUUCAGCAGAUCAGAACAAGCACUGAGACUAGUCAAUGGAGAUAUGUGGCUUCAGAACAAAAUCCAGCUGACCAUGCCUCUCGUGGGCUCACCGUAAAAGAACUCAUGGGAUCGAACUGGUUUACUGGUCCAAGUUUCCUAUGGCAAAGAGAACUCCCUAAGGAUGACAUUAAGGUGGGAGAAGUUAAUGAUGGAGACCCGGAACUCAAAAGAGCACAGGUUCUAAUGACCAAGGCAAGGGAAGAGUGGUGUCUGUCAGAUCGCUUGCAAAGGUUUUCAGAUUGGAAGAGGGCAGUGAAAGCCAUAGCAAGGCUCAAACGUUGUGCAAGGAGUGCGAAAGGUUUGGUAGAAAGAUCCAACAAUUCCACAACACUUGAAGAAAGGAAGGAUGCUGAACAAUUCAUAAUUCACAUCGUUCAAGAAGAAGUGUUCAGUGACGAGAUCAAGCAUCUAAGACAAGGCAAGGAAGUUAAUUCAAGUCUUUUCAACAAGCUGUACAAGUUAAGUCCGUUUAUCGAUGACCAUGAUGUCUUACGAGUGGGAGGACGAUUGACACAGGCAGAGCUUCACUCUCAUGUCAAGCAUCCAGCCAUUCUUCCUAAAGGACAUCAUAUAUCUCGUUUACUCAUAAAACACUUCCAUGAAAAGGUGCAACAUCAAGGUCGUGGCAUGACCAUCAAUGAAAUCCGCUCCAAUGGUAUUUGGAUUCUGGGAUGCAGUAGCGAAGUUUCAUCUCUCAUCUACAAAUGCAUUAAGUGUAGGAAGCUGAGGAAAUGCAAUCAGGAGCAAAGGAUGGCUGACCUGCCACCAGAAAGGAUGGAAGCUACCCCUCCGUUCACCUAUAGUGGCAUGGACUGCUUCGGUCCGUUCUAUGUUAAAGAGGGAAGGAAAGAGUUGAAGAGAUACGGACUACUUUUCACCUGCAUGUGUUCGCGAGCUGUUCAUCUUGAGGUGCUGGAUGAUCUUAGUACUGACGCCUUUCUUAAUGCACUGCGUUGUCUUAUUGCUAUACGUGGCAAUGUAAGUCAGCUUUAUAGUGAUCAAGGUACCAACUUCGUGGGUGCAAAGGGAGAGUUCCUGAAGUUGAUGAAGGGAAUGGAUCAAGAACGUGUGAAAGAGUUAGGCUGUACCUUUAUCAUGAACCCGCCUGCUUCCAGUCACAUGGGUGGUGUCUGGGAGAGACAGAUCCGGACUGUAAGGAGUGUACUAACGUCCAUCCUAGACAAGUCUGCAGCAAGACUGGACAGUUCUUCCUUAAGAACAUUCAUGUAUGAAGUAAUGGCGAUCGUAAAUAGUCGACCAUUGACCUCAGAGCACCUCAAUGAUCCUGUGGGACCAGAACCAUUGACGCCGAAUCAUAUACUAACAAUGAAGUCCACCAUCAUUGCACCACCUCCUGGAGAGUUUGUGAGGGAAGAUCUUUAUCUUCAGAAAAGAUGGAAAAGAGUUCAGUUUCUGGCAAAUGAGUUUUGGACCAGGUGGAGGAAGGAAUAUCUGUUGAAUCUGCAGCAGAGAAGUAAGUGGAAUAAGAGCAGGAGAAACACCAAAAUAAAUGAUAUCGUUCUGCUUCAAGAUGAUUUGGCAUCACGAAAUCAGUGGAAGCUAGCUAAAGUGGUAGAAGUUUUCCCAGGAUCUGAUGGAAUGGUGAGAAGACUUAAACUUCUUGUUAGUGAUGCAACACUAGAUAGCAAGGGUGCACGCACAAAUAAGUCAGUCUACUUAGAAAGACCCAUACACAAAACAGUGUUACUACUUGAAGCUGAUUAAAAGGGUUAAGUUUGAAAAGUGUUUAACUGUGUAUGUUAAACGUGUACAAAUACUUAUCCACUGAAUGUUUAUUAGUUCAUGUUGAGUUACUGAGUAUUUACAAAGUAAAUUCUUUUAAGAAUCACACAUUGUGUGAUGGUGGGAGUGUGUUUGCUGUUACAAGCUUUCGGAAUCUAUAAUGUUUAUUUCCACUAGAUGGCGCUUGUGUACUUCAACACUCAUUUAUUUCAGUAACUUUUUGAUCAGUCUAAUCUGUAUAUUUUUAUAUUUUGACUCUUUUAUAAUGCUUAUUGUGAUUUAUAUACUCAACUGUUGUAUAUUUGAGGAAUAUUUAUUCUUUCUAAGAGUUUUCUUUGGUUAUAUUUUAUUUUGCUCCCAUCGUGCCUUUGAAUGUCACUUCCUGUUUUGUCACGGAGAACGAGUCAGAACUGCGAUCCGAGUUUCACAGAGCAAUUCUGCUGAUCAUAUGGAAUGAUGUAAUCAUUGCAAAGUUUAAAGUAUUUCUAUUUAGAAGUCAUCCGAUAAAGAAGCUUCAAGAUAACCCCCUCUCUUAGCUCAUAAGCAGGCAAAAGUGUUCUACGGUGUUGGUGUUGGAGUCUAAGUCCAGAACACAUUAAACAUCAGUUAAAGAACCUCAGCCUUCGCGUCAUGACUAAGGGCGGGCAUACU